AUGGCGGCAGUGGCAGCAGGUGCCAGCAGUUGCCCUAGGCCUGGCUCCAUGCAGAGCUGCAACCCAGGCUGGCAGGGUGGCUCCAGCAGGGGGAAAGCUGCUCCUGUUAGUGCACUCCAUGACCACCACAUUGGCGGCACCAGCAGCACAAGCUCAAGCGUAGCUGAGCUGCAGCACCUUCCCCAGUGGGUGGGGAGCUGGCAGCAGGGAAGGAGUACGGGAAAGACCACCUUGAGGCCGAAUGAGCCAAAUUGUGAGUCUUUAUUAGCUGGCCAGCGACUACCCUCUGUACCACCACAGACGGCUGCACAGAGAGCAGUCCAGAGCCGAAAAGCUUCCUUCUUGACUUUCUUUUCCUUCUUCCUUCAUCCAGUUGGCCAGUUCUACUUCUUAAUCCGGAAGAGGAUCCACCUGAGACCUGAGGACGCCUUAUUCUUCUUUGUCAACAACACUAUCCCCCCCACUAGUGCUACCAUGGGCCAGCUGUAUGAGGACAACCACGAGGAAGACUAUUUUCUGUAUGUGGCCUACAGUGAUGAGAGUGUCUAUGGGAAGUGAGUGGUGGAAGCCCAGCAGAUGGGAGCACCUGGACUUGGGGGUAGGGGAGGGGUGUGUGUGGGACUUGGGGAAAGAGAGGGAGGCUCCCACCAUGGAGGAGACAGAAGGUGAAGACAUCGAGAAACAUUACACUGCACACACCGUCAUCACAUUUUUACACGCUCAAUUGAUAUUUUUUGCUGCUUCCUCGGCCCAGGGAGAAAGCAUGUCAGGACAGAGCUGUUGGAUUGGCUUCUAUAGAGGAAUGGAGAUGACAUAAUUCCAUAGCAUUCUUGAGAAUGAAUUUUUGUGCAAUUUCAUAGAAAGGUCAGGAGGCGGGUGGGCUGGGGCCAGUGAUGAUUACAGUCCAGUAGCAACUCCCUGCUCUUUGGGCAGAGAUUUGAUUUUUGACAUUUGCAAAAAGACUUUUGCAAAAAGUAGGGAAAGGGGACAGGAACGUUUUAGGACUUGUGGUAGUUAGUGGACCACGCCUGGGGACCAAAAGAGACACACUGUAAUUGAAGCAUUGUGGCCCCUGAUCUCACACCUCCUCCUUCCCAUCCCGGUCAUAAUCUCAGAGAUGUCACAGUGCCACCCAGGGAUGGCAGUCGACAUCCACCCAGAAGUUUAGAUGGCGCUCUCUCACCUUUUAAGGUGGUUAUGAUUACGAAGAUAGUUUUGAUAGCGUUAAACUGGAAUUGGUGAAGUGUUGAGCAUCUCAGUCUAACUUGCUCUCUCUCUGGUGCCCCUUAUCCCAUAGCUACUUCGGAAUUUAAGGAGCCUCAGGCAUUUCCAGUUGCAGACUAAAACCACUCCUCCAGCAUCUCCUUAGCAUUUUCCACGUAUAGGGACAGAGAUGUCUUAUGUAGGGAAGGGGCGGGUAUGAGGUAAGGUGGAUUACACCUCCCACUCAUCCAGAGUUC